AUGGCGGGGCUGCAGUCUGAGAACAUCUCCAUCAACUCCACGCGGCUGCCGGAGCAGAGCGCGUCAGAUAAGGAUAUCUGCGUGUUCUGCUUCCGCCGCGCCACCCCCUCCUCCUCCGACCCGCAUGCGCCGCUCUUCCCCUUCUUCUCUCUGGUCGACUGCCGCCACUACGCAUGCCAGCCGUGCGCGCUCGUCCACUGCGACAAUGCUGGCCGACACAUCUUCUGCCCCAAGUGCCACUGCGUCUCUCGUCUGGCGCAGUCGGGUCGGCGGCGCACGCGCAGCGCCGCAGCGGCCACCGACGCCGAUGCAGACCGCGUAUCCAUCGACGACGGCGUCUCGUCCACCCGCUCUCGCCGCACACGCACUGGCACGACGCCACACCGCAGCGCUCUCAAGGGCAAGAGCGGAACCUCAAAGCGACGCGCCAGCUCGGUUCAGUUUCCGGCUAAUCCAACGACAUCAAUCGUGCCCGCAGACGGCGUCAGCGUCGCAAGUGGCGCAGCGGCGGUCCCAUCAGAGGGCGACAACGCCGGUGAGCAGCACCAGCAGCGCAGGGCGUUGUCGCCCUUAACGCAGGAGGCCGUCGACGCGCUCCCGCUCGACCCAAUGGAAGCACGACGCCGACGGGCUCGCGAGCAGCAGCAGCAGCAGCAGCAGCUCCGCGCCGCUGAAGCCGCCGCUAAGGCAGAGAAGGCAGUAGGGCUGUACGCUAUCACAGCCGCGCCCCCGCCGAAGGUGGCGCCCCCUCCGCCAUCUGCCUCCGCCGCCUCGGGCACCGCCACCAGCGAAGGCUUCAAGAAAGCAAAGGACCGCUCGCGCUCGCAGCCGGUGCCGAAGCUGCCACACACAAUCCUGGAACCAAAGGAGGAGUACCCGGUGCCGCCUCCGCUGGUGCUGCACACAGUGGAAGAGGAAGAGGCACAUGCCCCUGCCGCUACCGGCGACAGCGACCGCGACGCUGAACCAGUGCUACCCGCAGCAGCCGCGGGUGCGACCGCUGCAGUAACGGCCGAGGAGGAUGUGAAGGCAGAAAAGAGUGCAUCGGCCUUGGCGUCUACUUCGAAGACGUCGGUGACGCCGCGGCAGAUGGAGGAUGAAGUCGAGGCAGCCAUGGCGGCAUCUGCGGACAAGUCGCAGACAACCGGUGUGCUGCCGCCGCUCACCGACCCCGCCGAGGAGCUCGCGCGACCGCACCAGCUACUGGACGACUGCGAGAACAAUGAGGCUGAGGAGCGUGGCGUCGUUGGAGACCUCGAGGCACACGAGCGGGCCGCGCUGAUGCAGCGAAUGGAGGAGGAGGACACGGCCAUUCAUGCGCGCCGAGGCCUGGUGCUGGAGUUUGAUUCAACACCCAUCCUGCCCCAGAAACAGCAGCCAACACUGCACAACCAGCACUCGCACCACGAUAACACCGGAUCCAUCUCCUUGGUCGACUUCUCUGACCAGGUCAGCGUCACGUCCGACGAUGAGCUGUCGCAGCGGGUAUCUGAGUACAAGUCAGCCUCCCGCAGCGACAAUACAAGCCGUCGGCGGCGUCGCACCUCUGUCCACGGCGCUUCAGAACUGCGAGCACAGCCGCGUGAAAGCACGGCUGGCGAACCAGACGCAAGGGUAGAGAAGGGUGGUCAGGCGGCCCCUGCCCGCACUCCUGGUGAUGCUCUCUCCAGUGCCGCGAAGUCCGUCGCGGGGUCGGGCUCAGCCGAGAACACGCUCUCACCCAUGACCGCCGCCCGCCAAGGCCGGGUCUUGGCAAGCGAAGAAGUCGACGAUGGCGGCAAACCCAUCGCGACCAGAGCGGCGGUGGCGGAGGCGGACGCCAAAGCCGAGGCAGAAGCCAUCCGAACUGCGGAAGAAGCCAGGGCUCUAGCUGAAGAGCAGGAAAGGGCGCGGCAGCGGCAGUUGCAGCGUGAGGCAGCCGAAGAAGCGGCCGAGCAGAAGCGGCAGCAGCAGCGACAGGAAGAGGAGGUGGUGCGCCAACGCCAGCAGCACGAGGAGCGUGCGGCCUUUGCUUGUCAGGCUCUGCAAGACCGCGAGGGUCUAGCGCGAGAGGCGCUGGAGCAGGCUGAGGCGGCCGUGCGUGAACAUUACGAGCGCGGCGCUGAUGAAUGGCUAACAGCGGCGCUGCCGCAUGAGCUGGAGGCGCAGCGGCUGGUCCGUGUGGCAGCGGAGCGCAGGCGCCAGCAGGAGCAGCAGCAGGCGCAGUUGGCGGCGGAAGAAGGUCUCGACCGAGACGAAGUGGAGGAGGCGGAGUCUAACGCGUGGUCGUGGCUGCUCUCCGGUGCCCGCGUUGACCGUGUAGUGGCGGCGACCGAGGAGGGCGACCGCGUGCAGCGAGAGUACGAAGAGCUGCGUUUUGAGCGGCUUCAGCUGCAGCUCCGUGAAGACACGGAAGAGCUUGUUCACGAAGAGGCGCACGGUCGAGCCUCCUUUAUCGAGUACGAGGCUGCAACGCGCAGUUUCCUACAGAGCCACCACGCGGUGCAACGGCAGGCGGUGGCGGAGGGCGAGUGGCGGCAGGAAGCCGAAUUUUUCAAGAAGGCUGCGGCGCGCCGAGAGGCAGUACUCCGCCAGCGCUUUCAGUGGGAACUCGAUGAGUUGGAUGCGGAGGAGGUCAGCGGCCGCACGAUGCUGCGUGAGGUGGAGAGGGAGGAGCGGCGAACGGCGCACCUCGUGUUCCUGCAAACACUGGCGUCAAUUCGGCGCAAGGAGGUGUUGGCGCAGCACGCGGCCGCCGCUGCAAACGAGCCUGGUGGCACCUCUGUUUUGUCCGAAGCGCCAACAAUGAUUGCUGCACAGGCGCACCGUCGAGCGCAGCAGCGGCAAGCGGAUCCCGCUGUUCCGAUGAUGCUUGAAGAAGACGGAGACGAUGACGUUGACGACGCCGCCGAUAUGGCCGGGACUGCGACGCCGCCGCAGUUCUGCACUCCGCUCAUUACGGCAAAGGAGCUGUCGGAGCUGCGCGCGCGCGAAGCCUCAUACGCCGCUGAGCUGCAGGCCGCCUUGGAACGCCUCCGGGAAGCCGAGCGACGUGUUGCAGAGGAGGCGGCCAUCCGUGUGCAAGCGGAACAGGAGCGCCAAGCGGCGCAUGCGGAGUCGAAGCGCCUCCUACGGGAAGCCGAGCAGCGGGCCGAGCAACGCAUCCGCGAAGCGCGCGAUGCGGCAGAGCAGCUGCUGCAGGCGCAGCUUGCCGACUUGCGCGACGAGGCGGUUCGCCGUGCGGAGCACGCGGCAGUCAUGCAGGCCCUCGCUGAGGAGGAGCAGCGAGCGGUCUUGGAGGCGAAGCUGCAGGCGGCGCAGCGUCAGUUGGAUGAGGCGCAGCAACGCGCGCAGGAGGAGGUGCGCCGCGCGCGCGCGGACGCGGCGGAGAUGGCAGCUACAGACGCCGCCCGUGCUGCCCUCGAAACCCAGCGCCGCGACGAAGAGUGGCAAGAACGGUGCCGCGCGGAACGCCUCCUGCGGUUAGCUGAGCAGGAGCGCGAAAAGGAAGAGGCGGUUCGCCGCCUUGCCGAAAUCGAGGCGCGCGCCGCAGAGGCGGUGCGACUGGCGCGCGAGGAAGCUGCACGAACCGCAGCGGAGGCGCAGGAGCGGCUGGCGGAAAUGGAGCGGAGGCAGCAAGCGCGGGAGGCGGAGGUGCAGUCUGCGGCGCAGCGCGUGCGUAGUGCACGGGACAGCCUGCGUGAGUUCGACUCAAGCACUCAGUCGUCGCGGUACGCGACCCCAUUCAGAGCGGUGCUACCAGGACAGAGACCGCCAACAAGCAGCAGCAGCUAUAGGGUGCCAAGCCUCGUCGCAGCCUCCUCGGCCCACGCCACGCACACGGCGGGAGCUGUGGCUGCGGAAGCGUCUGUGCUCACUCCUUUGCAAACCCCGCCGCUGGUUCCGUCCUCGUCUCGCACAUCCUCGGCGAUGCGCCGUCGGCCGUCAGCGCAGUCGCCCACGCCGCGCGUUGCCGCAAGGGUACCAGCAGCAGGGGCGGCAGCAUCCUCGGCCCCCUCAGACGCGACACCUCCAAAGGUGAUUAUCAGCUCACAGCACACACCUCUCUCUUCGGCAGUCGCUCCGGGACUCGGGGGCAGCGGAGCUGCGGCGCCGCCGUCCUCCGCGUCCGCCACCGGCGCCACCAGCCUUGCCGCGCUGGACCCGGCGAAUAUCAUUCGUGCCGCCAUCCGCUCUGCCGUGCAGGAAAUCGUCGAGGCGCAGCGACGGACGCAAACACUGCAGGAUCGCGCCGAGCAGAACAUCGAGCUCAGCGAGCGCCGCUAUCACCGCCGCGAAAGCGAUCGUCUGCGUGCCGCACGCGACGUUGCCGCCAUGGAGUCCUCUUACGCUGCAAGUGAGGCGGACGAGAACGAGGAGCGGCACCAGCGUUGGUGGACAUGGUCCCAGCAACCGCAUCAACGGACCCGGCAGCGCCAGCCGGUGCGCGGCUACGAGCGCAACAGCUGCGUCGCGAGCUCGCGCGUGUCAGAGGAGCGUCUGCGGCCAGUUCGCUCCUCGCGAGGUGACUACGCACAAGAGGCGAGCGAAAGCCCGUGGACGCGCAGCUCGUCCUCGCCUGCAUCACGGCUGUCACCGACAGGUGCACCACUGUCAACCGUAUCCCCUGCCGCUGCAGCCCGCUCGGUAAGCAGCAACACGCUGCUCAGUACGUCGUCUGUAUACUUCGACAACCGCUAUCAACCCUCGGCGGCCGCACUCGGGGCGGCGCACCAGCGUUACCGGCGCAACGACUGCGAUUACACCGCCAUCCAGCAGCAGCAGCAGCAGCAGCGCCUGGCAUCCUUCGCGCCGCGCAGCUCGGCGUCACGCAUUCUCUUUGCACCUCGUGCGGCGCAUCAGGCCCGUGAGGCGUGGGCUGCCACGGACGGCGAGUGCGGCUACGCUCAGCGCAUGCAUGUCGGGGUCGGUGCGCACGCCUACUCGCGCAUCGCCUCUGCGCAGCAACAGCGGUACGCCACUGGAGUCGCUCAGCCGCCUCCUCGACAGCCGCUCCUUGAGACCGUCGGCGUGACCGCGGCAAUCCCUUCCGUGGCGCACGCCUACAACGAACCGGAACCGCUCCCACUAGCGCCGGCGGCGAUGGAAUACUCGCCGCCGCCUCGCCGUAGCACCACACGCGCCGCAGCGGAGGUGGUGCCACAGCAACAGUGUCAGCCAAUGGGUGCAGGUGCUAAUGUGGACAGUAGUGGCGGCAUCGGCGCACUCCCGGAGCCGAGCCGCAUGUGCCCUCGCUGCUACCGCACAGACACCACUUCCCCAUGCUGGCGUUGCGGAGAGAUGAUCUGCAGGCACUGCGGCUUGCCGCCCGGCUCAGCGCGGAAGCUGUGCUGCACCGCGCACCACCGCGCGCAGUUGCGUGAAUUUACGCGGUGCAAGGCCUACGAGAGCGGCAAGGAUGCCACCGCCGUCAGAGCUGGCAAGGUGCCGUCGCCCCCGCCGCCUCAGCAGCCGCAGCAGCAGCAACAGCAACAGCGUCUUCGCGGAGAGCAGCAGGUGCAGACUUCCUUUGCGUCCUCGACAGCUAGCGCUCGAAGCCACGAUCCUGGGCACUUCACAGAUGAGCCGGCAGCGCGGCUCGACGUGGGCACGUCGCCGCUCACGAGCAUUUCGCCACCGUCCAUGAUAUCCCCGUCGGCGUACCGGGCACCGGAGCAGCGUCAGCUGCAGCAACAGCAACCACAAGCGCAGCCGCACUACCCUAGCGGUUACCAAGCCUUCACGAUGGCGGGGCCCGCGGCACCCUCGGAGCAGCCAACAUACUCGCCAGGCUACCAUUCCGCCGCAGCAGCGUACCCCUACGCGUAUCUACACCCAACGCCGCAGCCGCAUCAGUUGCCGACUCACCAGCUGCCAUUCUACGCCGACAGCGAGAGACCCCAUCUGAUGCCGCAGCCGCUGGGCCCGUAUGUGCAGCCGCUCGGCCAGCCGCAGCCCUAUGCUCCAUUCGGUUACUCGGUUCGCGCCGCGACGGCGGCACUGGGGAGCGCUGCGACUGGAGCUGCCUUUGCGGCACCUAUGACUGUGUCCGAGGCGCAGCGACAGCAGGGGACGACAGCCGUGGCAGCUGAGGCUAGGGCAGCACAUGAACUGCCGCCGCCCGCGAGUCGAGCGGCGGCUUUCAGUGCCGUUGUCAUGCCUCAUGCUUCGCCUGCAGGGCUCACCCAGUCGCCGCCACCACCCUCGGCUCUGCCUCCGUCGCAGCAGGAAGAAGCAAGCGAGGUCAUGGGUCUUUGUGCCGCCGCCCUCGGCGGCGCCAUGGUUGAGACAGCGGCAGCUGUGGAUAGCACACCGGAUGCGCAAGUGCAGCAGCGGCCUCCUACGUCGACGCGGGUCAAUGAUGACCGCACAAAUGCGGAGGCGAAGCAGCCAGUGGCGGCUGAGAACCACACCUUGCCGAACGCGACCGUGGCGGCAGCUGUAGCCGGAUCGGCGGCAGCAGACGCAAGCCUCCCCGGUACCGCGCCGGAGAAGCAGGGCGGCACGACUGCACCCGUGGAUGCUGGGUCGACCCCGGAUGGUGGCGCUGCUGCAGAAAACGACGGCGACGGCACGUCUGCGGCGACCACCGGUGCCACAGCUGCCGCGGUUCUCGAGGAGCCCAAGACGGAGCGAAAGAAGACCUUUCCAGCGUUUUUUGUAUCGCUUGGCGACGGCGACGACGCUGCGGAGCCGCGCCGGCCGAAGCCUCCAACGCCACGGAAUUCUGUGCCGAGUCACUUGGUGCCGCCGCCGCCGCCGCCGCCGCCAAGAAAGCAGCAGCGGAGAACCUUACCGUCUGGCAUGCUGCUCACGUCGCAGAACCGCAGUGGUUGGCAGUCAGCGCAUCACCAGCAUCAGUCCCGCAAACUAUCUCCGCUUCAAGCGCACGAAAUGAACUGUGAACGUAAUAGUCGCAAGAGCGUCAGCCCACGCUGUGGCUUUGGGGCGCAGCGCCGCCAGCGGCACACGUCCCCCAGCCCGUACGAGCAAGUCCCAAAGGCGAGCCGCGCAAGAGAUGGGCCGAGGAAGACGCCGUCCCACCCGUCAUCGAAGCAGCGGCAGCGGCAACCUGCGCAUGCUGACGGCACGGCGACCUCCAUGACAAAGUCCAUCAAGUCCUACAUCAAGUCCCUCUCCCCCAUGGUCGUGGUGGAUGAGUCCGGCACGCCGGUCGUGUACGAGGACGUACGCAAGGUGGAGUUGAGCAACCCCUGGAUGCAGCAGCAGCAGCAGCUACCGCAAGAGUGGAGCGCCACCGCCACCCCAGCUGUCCAUGACAUCUACCUCAGCAGUGGCGGCAUCAGAAGUGUUGGGGCUGAAGCAGAGCGCAACCGCCCUGAGUUGAGCCACGACCACAGCAAGGUGGGCCGCUAUUAUGUUGACGCGCCAUCGCAACCGCAUGAUUCCUCACCGCAGCAGCACCAGCACCAGCGCUCGUCCCACAGCGAUUCCUACUACCCGUACUUCACGUCUUCCGGCGCGACAAGCGAGACGCAGUCUCAGCCUCCUCAGCAGCAGCUGCAGCAGCACCUGUACGCGCCACCACAGUCACACAUACCGACGCACAUCUCCUAUGCUGCCCCGUUCGUGGAUCGCCGUGUGCCGACGCUCGCCGAGCUGGAGAAACGCCUGCAGCAGCUGCGGAUCGUGGACGAGCACGAGGCUGCUCAAUACCACCGGCGUCAAGCGCAGCACGCGCACCAACAACAGCAGCAGCGCAUUCACGUGCUUCUUCACUCCCCCGGAGCAGUGGCUGUGGGUGGCAACACUGGGGCGUUCGUGACGGCAUCCUCGUGGGCCACUCGUGAGCGAGCGCAGCCGCAGCAGCGACGCCACAGCAGCGCAACAGGGCGGCACCCGCAGCAGCGCACAGUGUCGCCGCCGUGGCGAACGGACCUUAACUCGAGCCCGGUGCGACCGCGGUGGGACAUCAGUCAGCCUCGCUCACCCAUCUACCACCCUGCGCCAGGAGCGAUUACUGGAAAUUGA